UUGAGACCCACGCAGCAUCUGGCGGAGGAUUAACAUACAUACAUGUGUAUGUCUGCGUCACGUAUAUAUUGGCUGCAAAUGGUGGGGAUCCUUUAGUGCCCGAGAUGGGAGACCUGAAGUCAGGUUUUGAAGAGGUGGAUGGCGUGAGGCUCGGCUACCUCAUCAUUAAGGGGAAACAAAUGUUUGCCCUCUCCCAAGUCUUCACCGAUCUGCUGAAAAACAUCCCGAGGACGACCGUGCACAAGCGCAUGGAUCAUCUCAAAGUGCAGAAGCAUCACUGCGACCUGGAGGAGUUGCGGAAACUCAAGGCGAUCAACAGCAUCGCCUUCCACGCCGCCAAAUGCACGCUCAUCUCCCGGGAAGACGUGGAGGCGCUCUACACCUCCUGCAAGACCGAGCGCGUGCUGCGCACCAAGCGCCGCCGGGUCGCCCGGGCCCCGGCCAGCCCCGCCGCCCCGCCGCCGCCGCCCCCCGCCGCCGCCCGCCCGGGCCCGGGCCGGGACCCGCGGCAACUUUGGCGCGGCCUGAGCGGGGCGGCGCGGGCGCUGCCAAUCAGCGCGCAGUCCCCGCGCCCCGCCGCCGCCGCCGCGCGCCUCCCGCCGGCGUUCUGCAAGCUCCCGGGCGCACCCGCUCCCGGCCCGCCGCGCUCGCCCGGCAAAGCCCAGCUCCACUACGACGCGGCGCCGCUGCAGGCCAGCUACGUCGCCUUCCACUCGGACCCUGCGUACUGGCGGAGCCUGCUGUGCGGCAAACACCCGGCCACCGCGGCCGCCGCCGCCGCUGCCACCGCCGCCGCUGCCGCCGCCGCCGCCGCCGCCGCCGCCGCCACCGCCUACUACCAGGCUUCGGCGGCCGGGCCCCCGCCCAAGGCGGCGGCGGGGGGCGCGGGCGGCCUGGGCCCGCGGGGCCGGCGCCGGCGCGGGCCCGCCAAGGACGGCCCGCUCGCACCCCACGCCGCGCGCCGCCUGCUGCUGCUGCCCCGGGCCUACCGAGCCAAGGCGGCAGCCGCAGCGGCGGCGGCGGCGGCGGCGGCGGCCGGGGCCACGUGCCUGGAGCGGUUCCACUUGGUCGGCGGCUUCUGCGCGCCCCCCCCAGCACCAGCACACCACCAUCACCACCACCAUCACCACCACCACCACCACCACCACACGGCCCGGCCGCCGCCGCCCGCCCGCCGGCCGCAGCCCCAGACCGGCGGCUGCCCCGAGAGCUGCAGCAGCGACUCCGAGUCCAGCUCCUACUCGGACCACGCCGCCAACGACUCGGACUGCGGCUCCAGCGUGUCCAGCUCCAGCAACUCUGCGUCCUCGGAGGAAGAGGAAGAGGAGGAGGGCGAGGAGGAGGAGGAAGAGGAGGAGGAGGAGGAGGAGGGGGGCAGCGGGGCCUCGGACUCCAGCGAAGUCAGCUCGGAGGAGGAGGACUCGUCCUCGGAGUCGAUCUCCAGCUCGGGCUCCAGCCGCGCGUCGGUGCAGAGCAUCCGCUUCAGGCGCACCAGCUUCUGCCAGCCGCCCAGCGUGCAGGCGCAGGCCAACUUCUUGUACCACCUGGCCUCGGCCGCCGCGGCCACCAGACCCGCCGCCUGCGAGGACGCCGGCCUCCUGGCCGACCUCAAGGGCGGCGGCGUCAAAGCCGAGUCGCCCGGGGAGUGGGGUCUGCAGAGCUGGGCCCCCCGAGCGGCCCCCGGCUACUGCCCGGCCAGCCUGGGCGGUUGCUUCGCAGAGCUGAGGAACGAUCGGGGAGCUGAGCUCGCCUUCCCACACUCGGAAAUUUCCAGCACCGUCAGGAGGACUGCGCUGCCGAGAAGCUGCCCGGCGGAGGGGGCCUCUUCACCUAGCCCCAAGACAAACAAUGCAUUUCCACAACAAAGAGUGCUCCGAGAGGCUAGGAAAUGCCUGCCUGCAACCCCGCUUGCUCUCCGUGCCGACCACACCGUCCUCGCUGCCAGGUUCCUCAAGAGUGAUUCUUCUGGGGCAGCAGCAAAUUCAGAGAAAGAGUCCAAAAUCCCUCGUGGGACUGAAUUUGCCACGGAGUUGCUGUCCUCGCAGACGGAUCCUGGGGCGGCGGCUGCAGCCACCAAAGCGGAGAAGCCGUGCCCGGAGCCCGGCCACGAGGCGUUGCCAUUUCUGCACAAUAUUAAAAUCAAAGUAGAGGACAGCAGUGCUAACGAAGACUAUGAACCUGACCUUAUCGCGAAUAAGCUAAAGUGCGAGUGCAGUGACGCGAAGGGGGACCUGUACGGCGUGCCGGAGAGUAAGGAGGAGGACGCCUUGCUGGCCACAGCCAAGGAAGGGUUCGCGUGCCCCGAGAAAGGGGCGCCUGCGCUCAGCCCCCUGGCGCGCUGUCAGGGCCUCUCCUGCACUUUAGGUCCUCCAAAGCCUGAGGACGGGGAAUAUAAAUUUGGUGCCAGGGUGCGGAAAAACUACCGGACGCUGGUCCUGGGAAAGCGACCGGUGCUGCAGACACCUCCAGUCAAACCAAAUCUGAAAUCAGCUAGAAGCCCUCGUCCUACAGGUAAAACCGAGACACAUGAAGGAACACUGGAUGAUUUUACAGUUAUAAACCGACGCAAAAAGGUAGCCAGCAGUGUAGCAUCGGCGGUGAAAAGGCCGUUUAAUUUCAUGGCAAAUUUUCCCUGUCCACCAUCACUCGUUAUUGGGAAGAAUGGGGAUUUGUGGCCGGCGUAUUCCUUAAACACCACCAAGGAUUCCCACCCUCCGCACAGGGCCCACCCCAUCUGGAAAUGGCAGCUGGGCGGUUCUGCAAUUCCUCUUCCACCUAGUCACAAAUUCAGGAAAUUCAAUUCAUGAAAAUGUUUUGGAAGAUAUUUUCUUGAACCAUAUUACCUUCCUUUUGUUGUACACUGCACACGAUGGUUUGUACAAGUCCAUUAAUAUGUUACACCCCUUUUGGAGUCCUGGUUUGUCACAUUUUGAAGACAGAAAUCGGAUUACUCUUUUUUUUUUC